AUGCCAUUCUCUCGCUCAAUCAACGUUGUUGGAUGCCAUGCGGAAGGCGAGGUUGGCGAUGUGAUCACCGGCGGAGUUCUUGAUGUACCAGGAAAGACCAUGUUUGAUAAACUUGUUCACUUUGAGACCAAAAAAGACAGCCUGCGCCAGCUUUUGCUCAACGAACCCCGUGGUCGGGCCUCAAUGAACAUAAAUCUGGUUCUUCCCCCUUGUGACCCUAGAGCUGAUGCUGGGUUCCUGAUCAUGGAGUGUGAAGAAUAUGCCCCAAUGUCGGGGUCCAACAUCAUCUGUACCACGACAGUACUGUUGGAAACAGGCAUGAUUCCGAUGAAGGAGCCAGCUACUCAAGUGGCACUUGAUACUGCUGCUGGCUUGGUGACAGUCACCGCGGAAUGUGAGGCAGGCAAAUGCAAGAACGUGGAGUUCAACAAUGUUCCCUCAUUUGUUCUGGAGCUUGAUUAUGAGCUCCAGGUCCCUGGACUUGGAAAAAUAUCAGUCGACAUUGCAUACGGAGGCAUGAUGUAUUUAUUGGUCGACGCAGCUUCGCUAGGGUUGAAAGUCAGCAAUCAAUAUGCUCGUCAAUUGGUUGAAAUUGGUGAGCGGAUCAAACGGGCAGCUGAGGCAGCCUACACCCCUGUUCAUCCCGAAAACCCCGCGAUCAAGGGAUUUAGCGUCAUAGGUUUCACCGAGCCCCCAAGCUUAGAGGAUGGCAUCAAAGUUGCAACCAAUACCGUGGUUGUCUCCCCGGGUCGAUUUGAUCGCAGUCCCUGUGGUACUGGGACAUCUGCUCGUCUGGCGGUCAUGCAUGCGAGAGGUCAAAUUAAAGAGGGAGAGACUUUCAAGCAUCGCAGCAUCUUGGGAACCGAGUUUACAUGUCGGAUUCGCGGAACGACCAGUGUCGGCCAGUACCCAGCUGUUUUACCCACAGUUAAAGGUCGGGCUUGGAUUACAGGAUUCAAGCAGGUAGUCAUCGAUUCGACCGAUCCCUUCCAAGAAGGAUUUCGGGUGGGUGAUCAAUGGCACAUGUGCCCAAACUGA